AAAAGAGAAACUUGCGAUUAGUUGAGAGUUGACCUUGCCCUAAUCGAAGGUUAUGUGUUGUGUGUGUGUUUGUGUUCUAAUUUCGUUUCGAAUUACCCAUUCCGAAUUUUAAUUAGUAGAUUCAUGUUUAUUACAUUGUCCACGAUAGUGCACGGCCUACAAGGAUAAAGUUCUGUUAGUAUUGUACAGCUGUUCAUUCUGUUAGCGCACUUUGCUCCUCCAUUUUGACGCUGGAUUCCUAUUGUUUGCCAGUUUCGGGAGUGGUUUGUUGACUCAAUUGGUAAUGAGCAAGUCAGGCGAUAGAUUGAUCCCCGCGAAAUUCCUCACUCUCAUCGCCCACUUGGCCGUUGCGCUCACGAUACUAUGGAGCAGCCGGGAGAGCGUGAAGAUUUGUUUGCCCGAGGAGCACACACAAAGGGCCUACGACGUUCAGCACACGCAGGUUGGACUCCUAUCUUGAUCCUCGCUGGCGCAUCCACGACCAUUGGAUCAUCACUAACUGUCGGAUUUAACAUUGGAGUUGUAAAUGCACCGGCAGAAGUUAUAAAGUCUUUCUGUAACAUUAGUGUACAGGAAAGGUACGGAGUAACACUGCAAGAUGGCGCAAUGGACGUGUUAUGGUCAGCCAUCGUGUCAAUUUUUAUUGUGGGCGGCGUCAUUGGCUCUCUGGGCGGUUCUUACUUAGCCGAUAAGUUAGGUCGCAAAGGCGGUAUUGUCAUGAGCACGGUUCUUGCAACUGCGAGCUCUGUUUGUUUUCUCUCUUGUAAGGUAGCCAACUCUGUGGAAUUAUUAGUUCUGGGACGAUUAUUAGUUGGAUUGUCAUCAGGUUUAGCAACAUGUAUAGUCCCUAUGUACUUAAUGGAGUUGGCACCAUUGCGCCUGCGUGGACCACUCGGUGUUCUUUGUCCACUCGGCGUCACUUUCGGUGUACUUGUUGGCCAAAUUAUGUCUUUAAACACCGUUCUGGGUACAGAAGAUGCAUGGCCACAACUUUUAGGUUUCUAUUUGGUUUUUGUCCUAAUAUCCUCUCUAGCUAUUCCAUUUCUACCCGAAAGUCCUAAAUAUCUGUAUGUGGUAAAGAAAGAUACGACGUUAGCGUUAAAACAACUCGAAAAUAUUCGCAACUUGCCAUCGGAGUGCCUUACACCUGAUAUUUUGGAGUUGCAAGCUGAACAAGCAUCGGAGAAGCGAAAUUGGUCUUUGGGGCAGGUUAUUAGCGAGAAGACACUAUUGUUGCCUAUACUUUUAGUGUGCAGCAUGCAAGCUGGGCAGCAAUUUGUAGGAAUUAAUGCUGUUUUCUACUAUUCAGUGUCAAUUUUCAUGAGGGCGGGGCUUAACGAAAGCAACAGUCAACUGGCCACCAUUGGAGCAGGAAUUAUUAAUUUAGCAAUGGCGGUGAUAUCAAUUCCGGUGAUGUCACGCUUCAACAGACGCAGCGUCUUUCAAUUGAGUUGUGGAACUGCAGCAGUAUUUUUAGCUCUCUUAGGCGUGGCAAUUACUUACAUUGAAACAAUCUCUUGGAUGCCUUACGUCUCUAUAAUCGGCGUGCUUGGUUUUGUCUUAACUUAUGGCAUCGGCCUAGGCCCAAUCCCAUACUUCAUUGGAUCGGAAUUAUUCGAAGUAGGGCCACGUCCAAGCGCAAUGGCAUUGGGUAGUAUGGCAAACUGGGGCGGGAACUUCAUCAUCGGCAUGACUUUCCCUACAAUGCAACGUGUUAUUGGCGCCGCCUCUUUUUUCAUAUUUAGCGCUAUCGCCAUCUUGUUAUUCGUGUUCAUUCGGCUGUAUCUGCCUGAAACCAGAGGGCGCGAUCCGACUUUCAUCGCACAAGUGUGUCGGAAUGGACUCAGCCGUCCAAGGCCACCGAUGUCACCAAUCGGUUCUUUCAGCAGCAGUGACACUGCCUAAUUGGUAAUAAAAUAUUGUAUCUCUCGAGUAUUCACAGGAUUUAGGUUAUGUUUAAGAAGCAAUCAUGACGACACAAGUAGUUAGGUAUUUGUUCAACAGCGGGUGAUCUGCUGGAUUCGAAUUUUCAAGUCUCAAAUUUUCCAAAGAUAUAAACUAAAUUUUUACUAAUAAUCAGUAUGAUUAGCCUAAGAGAACGUUCACUUUGAAAGUUUCACUAUUCACUUAAAUAAAUAAAGUUUUGUACUUUA